AUGAGCAAGUUCGACGAAAAGGGAGCUUCGGUGGAAGUGCAGGAUGCUUCCGACUUAGAGGGUUCCAGCUUUGAGGAAUACUCCUACAAUCAUAUAUUCAGAGACCCUGCGGUCGCUGAACACUACCGUGGAGUCUACGAAAAGUGUGAGUACGAGUGUCGCCACUUGUUUGAUCCCGAGUACACUUGGACUAAAGAGGAAGAGAAGAAGGUGGUAUGGAAGCUUGAAUGGAGAGUCACCUUGUGGGCCUUUAUCAUGUUCACCAGUUUGAACUUCGACAGAUUCAACCUCUCGCAGGCCCUCUCGACUUCGUUCCUCAAGGAUCUCCACAUGAACACCAACCAGCUUAAUAUUGGAAACACCCUCAACUUGGUAUUUUUCUUGAUCUCCGAAUUGCCCUCGCAGUUGAUUUCCAAGAAGAUAGGUGCCGAUGUGUGGAUCCCCACCCAAAUCGUGUUGUGGAGCGUGGUCUCCAUCACCCAAUCGUCCAUCACGACCCCUGCUGGGUUCUACGUCACCAGAUGCCUUUUGGGAGCAUUACAAGGUGGGUUUAUUUGUGAAGUGGGUCUCUGGAUGAGUUACUUCUAUACUACCUCCGAGUUUCCUCUCCGUUUGUCCAUCUUCUACAUGUCGAACUCGUUUACUAUCGUGAUUUCCAGUUUGUUGGCCUUUGCAUUGUUGAAAAUCAAAACCGAGGCCAUUUCCCAGAGUUGGAGAUGGUUGUUCAUCGUGGAGGGUUUGCUCACGUUGGUAAUUGGCCUUGCGUCCUUUUUCUUGAUGCCUGCUUCUGCUGCUCAAACCAAGGCUUGGUACAGACCAAACGGGUGGUUCACCGAUCACGAGGAGAAAAUCGUGGUCAACAGAGUGUUGAGAGACGACCCUAGCAAGGGAGACAUGCAUAACAGAGAGCCUGUUCAUGCGAACGAAUUAUUGAAGACGAUCUUGGAUUAUGACCACCUCCCAGUUUACCUUAUUAGAUUUUUGAUUGAUAUGGGAACCCAUCCUAUUGCUACCUACUUGCAGAUCGUGCUUCGGGGAAUUGGAUUUACCACGUUUGAAACCAAUGCCUUGACCAUCCCUUACAGUAUAAUCACCAUCAUUUGUAUUUUCAGUAUUGGUUACUUCUCAGAGAAAGUCAAUUCAAGAGCAUUGACACUAGCAAUCGUUCCUACAUGGGUUUUAUCGUGUCUUAUUCCAUUACGAUUCUGGCCAAACGCUCAAAAGGAUAAAUGGGGAACAUUUGCUCUUUUGACGGUCUUGCUAGGACAUCCCACAGAUAACCCCUUGACCAAUAGUUGGGUAUCAGCAAACUCUAAUUCGGUGAGAAGUAGAGCUGUUUCAACAGCCAUCGUCAAUAUGUUUUCGCAGGCCGGAACUAUCGUGGGUGCUAACAUCUACCGUGAAGAUGAUAGGCCAUUGUAUCACAGAGGUAACAGCGCCUUAAUUGGAAUUAAUUUCGCUGCCUUGGCCGUGACUAUAAUUUCUCGUUUCUACUACAAGUGGAGAAAUAGUCAGAAAGAACGUGCUUGGAACGAGCUUGACAUUAAACAGCAAGAAGAAUAUUUAUCCGGUACAACGGAUGAAGGAAACAAGAGAUUGGAUUUCAAGUUUACUUACUAG